CCGCCACGCCCGCCGCGCCCGCUCUACGCGCCCUAGUCAUGCGCGAGUAUCCUCCGCCGCCGCAUCGACCGAAUUAGAGUAGGAUUAAACGCGCGAGUGCCGCGGUCGCACUCGGCGGCCUUGUAAACUCUCGCCCGCGCCGCCCGCGCCGCCGCCGGCUCUGAGGUCGUUCCUCCAUGUGUGUCCGGAUCGCUCCCGAGAAUCGAUCGGGGACGGUGGCCGCGGGCCGGCGAUGAGCUAAUCGCCAGCACCGGGUGGAUGAGGAGGAGCGACCUUGGGAUCCGCCGCAGCCGUCCGCCGCCGCCCGCCGCCGGAGCGACCCCGCACACCCAGGCACAAUGUCGUCGAUUAGACUGCCAUCAGUCGUAGUCAAAUGACAAUAACUAGAUUAAAGUGUCGGGAGCGCUCAUGAGACAGUCGUGUCAUCGUCUGCUUGAACAUCAGCAAGCGGGCGGGGAGGAGCCCCCGCUUUACUCACCCACAGAUCAAAUUUCAGUGGUACGCGAUCAUGUGGGCCGGGAGGCCGGCAGCAAGCUGACACGAUAUGCGCCGCCGGAGGAGGACGAGGCGACACUCAGGGAACUUCUGCUUAGUUUUGGCCUUCAGAGACAGGUGAGCGUGAUGAGCAUGAAUCUGUCGGCGAAGCUGGACGAGCUACAGCGAGGGGACAGACAGCUCGAGACGACGGUGGCGCUCUGCGAGAUACGCACGCAACUACAGGAGCUAACCAAGAGCGUCGAGUCAUGCCAGAGCGAAGUCUCCGAAGUGAAGCGUGACAUGGUUGCCAUCAAGCAAGAGUUGGACACCGUGCAGCAGGUGAAGGAGGAGAUUGAGGAGCUGCGGGAGUACGUGGACCGCCUCGAGGAACAUUCGCAGAGGCGGAAGCUGAGGUUGCUGGAACAAGGUCUAACAUUUUUCUUGUCGUACGCGAUCUUGGCGGCGGUACUCGGGAUGUUGCAGUUUGGGUACAAUACUGGUGUCAUCAACGCUCCCGGCAGGAACAUCGAGAACUUCAUGAAGGACGUGUACAAGGACCGGUACGGGAAGGACAUCCACGAGGACACCGUCAACCGGCUGUACUCGAUCGCGGUCAGCAUCUUCGCCAUAGGCGGAAUGCUGGGCGGCUUCUCCGGGGGCAUGAUCGCUAAUCGGUUUGGCAGGAAAGGAGGUCUUUUGCUCAAUAACAUUCUUGGAAUAAGUGGCGCAAGUUUGAUGGGCUUCACGAAAAUAUCACAUUGCUACGAAAUGUUAUUCUUCGGCAGAUUCAUCAUAGGCGUUAAUUGCGGUCUGAAUACAUCACUUGUGCCAAUGUACAUAUCGGAGAUCGCGCCGCUGAACCUGCGAGGCGGGCUGGGUACUGUCAACCAGCUGGCAGUGACAGUCGGCCUGCUGCUGUCACAGGUGCUCGGCAUCGAACAGAUCCUUGGGACUGAUGAUGGAUGGCCUAUUCUACUCGGCUUGGCUGUGUGUCCUGCGAUUCUCCAGCUUUUGUUACUGCCCGCCUGUCCCGAGUCUCCGCGCUACUUGCUCAUAACACGCCAAUGGGAGGAGGAAGCUCGACGGGCGCUGAGGAGGCUAAGAGCUAGUAAUCAAGUAGAGGAGGACAUCGAGGAGAUGCGAGCUGAGGAGCGCGCGCAGCAGGCCGAGGCGUCGAUAUCCAUGCGGGAGCUGCUGUGCUCCCCCACGCUCAGGGCUCCGCUCCUCAUCGGCGUCGUCAUGCAACUGUCGCAGCAGCUCAGCGGGAUUAAUGCUGUGUUCUACUACUCGACCUCGCUGUUCACAUCAUCUGGGCUGACGGAGGAGUCUGCCAAGUUCGCCACCAUGGGUAUUGGAGCCAUCAUGGUGGGCAUGACCCUGGUCUCUCUGCCACUCAUGGACCGGACCGGCCGCCGCACCCUACACCUCUACGGCCUCGGAGGAAUGUUCAUCUUCUCGAUUUUCAUCACCAUCUCUUUCUUGAUCAAGGAGUUCUUUGGCUAUGUGCAGGAAAUGAUAGACUGGAUGAGCUACCUGUCCGUGGUGUCGACCCUGAGCUUCGUGGUGUUCUUCGCGGUGGGCCCCGGCUCGAUACCCUGGCUGAUCACCGCUGAACUAUUCUCUCAAGGGCCUAGACCGAGCGCGAUGGCUAUCGCCGUCUUAGUUAACUGGUUGGCCAAUUUUGUGGUCGGAAUUGGCUUUCCAACGAUGAAGGCUCUACUGGAAAACUAUACAUUCCUGCCUUUUAGUGUAUUUCUUGCAAUUUUUUGGAUAUUUACGUAUAAAAAAGUUCCUGAAACGAAAAACAAGACCUUCGAAGAGAUAUUGGCAUUAUUUCGGAAUUCCAACGGAAGUGUCGGAGCAGUCGUCGGGAGCGGGCGAGGCGGGGCGCCCCCCGCCGCCGCUGCCGCCCCCGCGCUUCCCGGCCACCGGCAACGUUUGACGAUGGAGGGGACAUGCGCCGCUAGUCGCCCCCCUCAAGGCCGCCGCCAACUUCUUGUUUCAUGGACUCAAGCCUCAAGCCGCGGCCCGCGCCUCUAUCACUACCACACAACAAAUGUUCUAAAUUGAUGUGAUUAGGUUAAUAAAACGAAAUUAGUCUAUAAGUCACGGCGUAAAAUUUAAAAUAGUUCUUUAGUCUGUCGUUUAUGACAUAAUUUAUAAAAUGCAUACUUAGGUACGGUGUAAAGUACCGACGGUUUCUUGUACCCAUUUUUAUUAGGUCUUCAUGGAACUAAACGUAAUUAUAAUUGACUAAAAACAUGAUAGCGAAUACGUCAUGAGUCAAAUUCGAUUGCAUUUUAAUGUGAUUCUCGCUUCCUUAUUGAUAAAGUAAACUGAUAAGUAAGCGUCGAAGGGGAAAUUCAGAGGAUAAAACUAUUUAAAUUAGAUUUUUCUGGAUACGGUUAGAAAGCAAUGGUGUGAGGAUAUUAUAUUAUACUUACGUAUAUUGUGUUUGCGUUGCUUUUCACGUCGCGUCGCGCCUCAGACUCGCCAACCGAUCAAGUAGCGUAUAAUUUAAAAUGGGUACGACAUGAGUACAUUGUGCUUAAGACAAUGAUAAUAUAACGAUUGACUUCUCUCUGACAUGUAUUAUACAUUGUACAUACAUGAUGUGACUUUAUUGUAUUGUUGAUUUUUAUACAUCAUUAUAUUGAUUUUACGAGAUUUUUUUAUUCUCCUCUAAAUAACAGUAACGUAAUAAUUGUAACUAAUGAUAAAGUCAUAUCCUUCAUGACCGAAUAUAAUUAUAACAAUGUAACGUACUUUAACUAAAUUACGAUAAUAUUGGAGAAUAUAAUUGUUUCAUUGCAGUUGUGGGAAUUGAUUAAAUAUUGUAAUUUAUUUAAGACGAUUGUACGACAGUAUUCAUUGACGUUACGAUGUAACGACGUGCAUCAAAUGUGAUUUAUUUACCUUUCCACAUUUAGAUUAAAAUUAACUUUAGCGGUAAGUGAUGAAAAUGAAAAUUAUUAUC